AUGGAUCACUCUAUCCAGUUGCCAUUAGAUGACUGUCAAAGGUUUUAUAAGGCAUACUUGAAAAGUGGAGUCAAGACUUCACAGCCAUUGGCUUUUGACCCUAAAAAAUCUGCUAAUGACAAUUUGAGACGACUUUCCGUCGACGCAUUGCACCCAGCUAAUACUUUUGGAGCACUUUAUGCAUACGAACCAGUGUUCUUAGACUUGAUUUGCCGUUGGAUCGAUGAUCCUCUGAUAGAAGCGGACUACUGUAAAAGCAUUGGUGAACUGAAACCUGUCAUCGAAGGUGUGAUUGUUGUCAACGCAUUGACUCGAUUGGUUGGAGUUCACCAAGAGUCGUUAAAUUUGAUUGAAGAUUUCAUUUCCAAAGCAAACUUCUUUGACAGGCUAAAAGAAAACGCAAAGGAGUCUAGCAUUGCCGAAUUGGAGUAUAUUUUAAUUGCAUUUCUUCGUUUAAUCGACCAUGAUGCUCCUCGUUUUAAGCACUUUAUUGAUCCCGAAAUUUUGCAUCGAAUUAUCAACAUUGACAGCUCAGGAGCGCAGGUUGCGAAAUAUCUAGCAACUAUGAUCCUCUGUCGUUAUAUCAACUCAUCGGAACAUGCGCAAAAAGUUAUGCUCGACAAGAUAGAGAACCCUAUAGGAUCCCUUGAAGGAGACCAUUCCAUCAACUUCAAAUAUUUUCAUUUCUUGGAAGCCAAGCGACUUAAUAGAUUCAUGAAUCUUCCUGAGAAAGUAUCAUCGUCAACAAUUUGCAUCGAAAUCCAGGAAUCAGAGUUUUGUUCCUUGGUUCAUUUAGUAUGUGGAAGGCUCAUUCCCAAGCAUUCCAUUUCAGAUAUGAAGUCCACCACUGAUACCUCAUUUGUUCCAACUAAAGAGGCAUUGAAUGUCAUCAGAAACGUCACUUCUCAUAUCCUCAUGAACAAGCCAGUAAUUCUUUAUGGAGCGGCAGGAUCAGGAAAGACCUACUUGGUUAACCAACUUGCUAAGAGAAUGGGAUACCAUGAUUCUAUUGUAAAAGUGCAUUUGGGAGACCAAACAGAUGCAAAAAUUCUUCUUGGAACUUACACAUCGGGCCCUAAACCCGGCUCGUUCGAAUGGAGAGCAGGAGUAUUGACUACAGCCGUUCGUGAAGGAAAAUGGCUUCUCAUCGAGGACAUCGAUAGAGCACCCACAGAAGUUCUUUCUGUCUUGUUACCAUUGCUUGAGAACAGAAAGCUCUCAAUUCCUUCUCGAGGCGAGGUGAUAAGGGCCGCUAAUGGGUUUCAAAUCAUUGCAACCAUCAGAACAAGUGACUCGAAAAAUAUUCCCGACAUGAUAGGUAUUAGAAACUGGACUUUGGUGCCAGUGGAGACACCUUCCGAUAAAAAUCUCAAGGAUAUAAUUCAAGCCAAGUACCCACUUUUGACCGACUUGAUACCAUAUUUCAUACGGGCGUUCAACGAAGUUGUCCAGCUAUAUUCAUCAAAUGCAUUUAUCUCGUUGAACAAGGGUUCAAAUCCUCGUAUAGUUUCUAUUCGUGAUCUCAUGAAACUAUGUGCGAGAUGCAACAAAAUUCUCCAAAAUGAAAUGACGUCUUCGGUUCUUGAAUCAUCUACUUAUGAUAAUGUGUUUGCAGAAGUUGUCGACUGCUUUGGAAGUGCCUUGACUGAGCAAAAAGCUUUAGAGCCAAUUGUUAACACCAUUGGUGAGGUUUUCGAAAUACCCACUUCCAGAGUAAAUUUGUUUUUGUCGAAACAUGUUCCAGCAUACAAUAAUGGAGACCACCACCUAACAAUUGGAAGAGCCACCCUCAAGAAAGACAGUGUUGGAAAAUCAACCAAGAGUGUUAAUGCAGCUUCUUUUGCUCGAACAAACCACUCGCUCAGACUAAUGGAGCAAAUUGGUGCUGCGUUACUGAUGACUGAGCCUGUACUUUUGGUGGGAGAAACGGGUACAGGUAAAACCACCGUUGUGCAACAAAUGGCCAAACUUAUGAACAAGAAAAUCACAGUUAUCAAUGUUUCUCAGCAGACCGAAUCCAGUGACUUACUUGGUGGUUACAAGCCAGUGACAUCCAAGAUAAUGGCUUUACCACUCCAAGAAACUUUUGAAGAAUUAUUUUCCAGUACGUUUUCCAAAAAGAAAAACGAGCGGUUUUCUAAUGUCUUGAAUAAGUGUUUCAACAAGGGACAGUGGAAAAACGUUGUCAAAUUAUGGCUUGAGUCUGUAAAAAUGGCACGAGAUGUUCUUCAGAAGCAAGAACCAGAAAGAAGUGAAGAUGAAACCCCCAAAAAGAAGCGGAAGCUUGAGAUCAAAGACAAAGUUCACCUACUUGAAAGGUGGUGUGCUUUUGAAGAAAAGGCAAGAAACUUUGAAACUCACUCUUCAUCGCUUGAAGAUGCUUUUGUUUUCGACUUUGUUGAAGGUUCUCUUGUCAAAGCAGUAAGAAACGGAGAAUGGCUUCUUCUUGAUGAAAUAAACUUGGCUUCUCCAGACACCCUUGAGAGCAUAGCUGAUCUCAUAACUGACAAGUUGGAGGAACGGUCUCUCUUGUUAACCGAAAAGGGAGAUAUCAACUCCAUAAAUGCUCAUCCGGAGUUUCGCAUCUUUGCUUGUAUGAACCCUUCAACUGAUAUUGGAAAGAGAGACUUGCCUUUGAGUAUAAGAUCCAGAUUCAGCGAGAUAUAUGUUCACUCGCCAGACAGUGAUAUUCAGGAUUUGCUUGCUAUCAUCGAUAAGUAUGUGGGCAGAUUCUCCGUCACCGAUGAAUGGCUCGGCAAUGAUAUUGCGGAGUUGUACUUAUCAGCCAAAAAACUAGCUGAUAGUAACCAGAUAGUCGAUGGUGCAAACCAAAGACCACAUUUCAGCAUCAGAACUUUGACAAGAACUUUAUUGUAUGUGUCGGAUAUCGUCAAUAUCUAUGGAGUAAGGCGAUCUUUAUACGAAGGCUUUUGCAUGUCGUUUUUGACUCUUUUGGAUUCAAAGUCAGAGGCCAUUUUACAUCCUUUGAUCAAGCAAUAUACCAUCGAAAAGUUGAAGAAUUCCAAUUCUGUUAUGCGUCAAACUCCUCCAGACCCUUCGAAUGGUACCGACAAAUACGUACAGUUCAAACAUUACUGGCUCCCCCAAGGAUCGUUCGAUAUCAUUCCCCAACCACAUUAUAUCAUUACUCCAUUCGUUGAAAAGAACAUCUUGAAUCUUGUGAGAGCUACGAGUGGUAAGCGAUUUCCAGUCUUAAUACAGGGUCCUACCUCGGCCGGUAAAACAUCCAUGAUUCAGUACUUGGCAAACAUCUCUGGGCACAAGUUUGUCAGAAUCAAUAACCACGAACAUACAGAUCUUCAGGAGUACUUGGGUACCUAUGUUGCGGUUGAUGGAAAGCUCGUUUUCAAAGAGGGAAUUUUAGUUGAAGCUCUUAAAAACGGACAUUGGAUUGUGUUGGAUGAGUUAAACCUUGCUCCCACAGACGUUUUAGAAGCUUUAAAUCGUCUUUUGGACGAUAAUAGAGAGCUUUUCAUCCCUGAGACUCAAGAAGUCGUUCAUCCCCAUCCUGACUUUAUGCUUUUUGCAACCCAAAAUCCACCAGGAAUUUAUGGUGGACGUAAGAUUCUCUCAAGAGCUUUUAAGAACAGAUUUCUCGAGUUGCAUUUCGACGAUAUUCCUCAGGAUGAACUCGAGACCAUUUUGACGGAAAGAUGUCAAAUUGCACCCAGCUAUAGCAAGAAGAUAGUUGAGGUAUACAGACAGCUUUCAGUACAGCGUCAGUCUACCAGGCUUUUCGAACAAAAAAACUCGUUCGCUACAUUGCGAGAUUUGUUCAGAUGGGCCCUUCGUGGGGCUGUAGGUUAUGAAGAACUCGCUGCCCACGGAUACAUGAUCUUAGCGGAGAGAGUGAGAGUUCCAGAAGAACGAGAGACAGUUACACGUAUUCUUGAAAAAGUUAUGAGAGUGAAGUUGGAUAUGGAUUCGUACUAUGAGAGCUUAGAGAACAAGCUUCUUUUGCAGUCUGAGAGUUCUCUUGUAUGGACCAAAGGCAUGCGUAAACUUGCUGUUCUUGUUGCUACGUCCAUGAAGUACAACGAGCCACUUUUACUCGUGGGAGAGACUGGAUGUGGAAAAACUACUGUAUGUCAAAUAUUGGCUCAUUUUGAAGGAAAGAGCCUAGUUACAGUGAACGCACAUCAGAAUACUGAGACCAGUGACCUUUUGGGUGCACAAAGACCAGUGAGAAACAAGAAGGGAACUAAUGCUGCUUUGACGAGUAUUCUACAGGAGGUUCUUCUGCAAAAUGGAAUGGCACCAAGCGAUGAUCUGAUAGGCAGUUUACUAGCAGUUUAUGAUUCGUUGCCUAAGGAAAAAGUUGACGAGGAAAAACGUUCUGAAAUUAAACGUUUGAGACAUGACCUCACCAACUUGUUCGAAUGGUGUGAUGGACCACUCGUACAAGCAAUGAAGUCUGGUGACUUUUUUCUCUUGGAUGAAAUCUCGUUGGCAGACGACUCGGUUCUCGAGAGAUUGAACUCGGUACUUGAACCAGAAAGAUCUUUACUUCUUGCCGAAAAAGGAACCGAGGUGGAACCCAUCUACGCUUCCAGUGGUUUCCAGUUUCUAGCAACCAUGAAUCCUGGUGGAGACUACGGAAAGAAGGAGCUUUCUCCAGCUUUGAGAAACCGGUUCACCGAGAUUUGGGUUCCAUCAAUGGAAGACAUGAAUGAUACACUUCAGAUUGUUCAGUCAAGACUCGACACUCCUUUCAAGCAAUUGUGUUCGCCAAUUAUAGAGUUUGCAAAAUGGUAUGCCAUGACCUUUGGUGGUGGAAGAAUAAGCAGUGGAGUCAUCUCGCUUCGUGACAUUCUCGCAUGGGUGGCAUUCAUAAAUCAUGCUCAAUUAGAUCCUCCCAGUGCUUUAUACCAUGGUUCGUUGAUGGUGUUUGUGGACUCUUUGGGAACUAACAAUACCUCUUUUCUUGCAACCAACGAGCACAAUUUAAUGCUCCAGAAACAAAGCUGUAUAGAGAAGCUUUCAGAACUUGCUGGUUGCAAAUUUGAAACCGAAGGAAACCUUGAGCUUCAAAUUACUGAAUCGCAUAUUAAAAUCGGCCAUUUUGGAAUCCCAAAAAACCAAUCUCCAUCAUUGACUGAGCCAUUUGCUUUGCACGCUCCAACUACUGCCUUAAAUGCCAUGAGAGUCUUACGAGGCAUGCAAGUCAAGAAACCUAUCUUAUUGGAAGGUAGUCCUGGAGUUGGAAAAACCAGUUUGAUUUCGGCUUUAGCACAAGCCAGUGGUAAUCCUUUGAUCAGAAUCAACUUGUCUGAACAAACAGAUCUUGUGGAUCUCUUUGGAUCGGACGUUCCUACUGAAGGUGGAAAGGCAGGCGAAUUUGUAUGGAGAGAUGCCCCAUUUUUGAGAGCCAUGAAACAUGGCGAAUGGGUUUUACUUGACGAAAUGAACUUGGCUUCGCAGUCCGUUUUAGAAGGUUUGAACGCUUGUCUUGAUCAUAGAGGAACCGCUUACAUUCCAGAAUUGGGACGGUCGUUUCCUCGCCAUGAAAAGUUUACGGUUUUUGCAGCUCAGAAUCCUCAGGCUCAAGGAGGUGGAAGAAAGGGACUUCCCAAAUCGUUCGUGAAUCGGUUCACAGUCGUCUACGUCGAUACGUUGAAAGCUGAAGACUUGACACUUAUUGCAAAACACUUGUAUCCUUCAAUUGACCCCAAAAUCUCCAAGGGAAUAAUCGAUGUGAUAUCACGAAUUGAGAAGGAAGUUGUGAUCGAGAAGAAAUGGGGACAAAGUGGUGGUCCUUGGGAAUUUAAUCUUCGUGAUACACUCCGGUGGUUGGAUAUGUACUCAUCUCGAAACCUUGCCGAUGAUAUAACACCAAGCGACUUUCUCAACAUGAUAGUGUGCCAGAGGUUUAGAACCAGUAAGGAUCAGAACAUGGCCCGAGCUUGCUUUGAAGAGGUUUUUGGACCUCUGAAGAGGCGCGAUAAGUACUACAACUUGACCGAGACCUUUCUCCAAGCCGGAGGUUGUGCUCUAGCAAGAAGUGAACCUGUCCAGUAUCGUUCGGAUGAACACCUUCUUCCCUUGCAAUGUAACUUUGAGGUAAUGGAAUCAGCACUUCGAAGCGUUGUACAUAAUUUACCGCUCAUCCUCACAGGACCCAGCAGUUCUGGUAAGACAAGCAUUGUCAAAUUUCUUGGAUCAAUUCUUGGACGGAAAGUCGACAUAUUUGCCAUGAAUAAUGAUGUCGAUAGCACUGAUAUUUUGGGAGGCUUUGAACAGGUUGACUUGACAAAAGCUGUCAAUAACUAUAUUGGCGAAGUGAUUCCUUUCUUGCACGAAUCAUUGUUAGCAUCAGAUUUGACUAACACCAAAAAUUCUUCAAUAGCUAAUUUGUUGAAGAAUCUCGAGCAGUCUCAGUAUGAUACUACCAAUUUCGACCAAUUGUUAUCAGCUUUAGAAAGUCUAGAACUUGGACACUUAGCAGCUAGAGGACGGGAAAUUUCCAACAAAAUCAACCUGUCCAAAGGAAUCAGAUUUGAGUGGUUUGACGGUUUACUUGUUAAGGCUGUCCAAAACGGCCAUUGGCUUAUUCUUGACAACGCCAACCUUUGCAGUCCGUCUGUCCUUGAUCGUCUCAACUCUUUGCUUGAAAGAAAUGGAAAAUUGAUCAUCAAUGAAUGCAGCAACGAAUUUGGUGAACCAAGAGUUAUAACUCCACAUCCUGACUUUAGGUUGUUUUUAACCACGGAUCCAAAAUACGGAGAGUUGUCUCGAGCUAUGAGAAAUAGAGGAGUUGAAGUGUUUUUGGACUCCUUGAACGCCAGAUUGACCACCUUUGAUCGCUCUUUACUUGGAGUCGAAGAGCAAGAAAUCAGUACUGAAAAAUUCAAAAUGGAAGAACGAAUUGAAAAACUCAAAUUGGAGGAAGAAAACAAGGCAGGAGUUUCACGCAUUCCACUUUCCGCAUGUAUUCAUUCUGAACUUUCCACCACAAGACAUUUGGGUGUUCUUCAUGACAUGGUGAUGGAGAGGUCAAUGACGAGCGUAUCUCUUGGAGCCUUAUCGCCUCAAACCGCUGACGACUUGAAAUCAUUGAGAGAUACUAUUCACUCAUCGAAACUUUUCGAAGCUGAUUUUGAGCUCAACGUCGAUUCCAUGAUUGAAGAGUAUACUUUGUUGCAAGGUAUCGACACUCAUCGACAGAUGGUUGUAUACUUGAACGAUUUUUCAGAGCACUUGAAGAGCAAAGGCUUCUCGCUUUCUGAGUUCGAACAUUUGCAGCCGCUCAAUCCUCUUCUCAACACUUUUGUUAACAUUACAUUUAACAAAGAGGACUUGCACGUUUAUGGUAGCGAGUCGAUAUACUUGUUUCAAGCUUUGGAAUUACUUCUUCAUGCGAGAGAAUUUGUUUUGAGUUUGCUGAAGACGUCAAUGGAAAAAAAUGCUAAGGAUCUCACUUAUUUAGAGAGGUCUGCAGCAUUUGAAUUGGGGAGGACAUUGAAGAAGUACCCCAAGGUACAAAUAUUCAGAAUCAUGAACGAAUUGUUGUCGUUUAUUUUCGAGGCUUUUCAAGGACCAUCGACGAUGUUUAAAGUUCCAGGCGCAUUCGAAGCCAUCUCGAAUUUCUUGAUUUUAUGGAAUAGUCUUGCCGAAAGUGCUUCUGGUCAAAAUGCAUCCAAGCUACCCAUCUACAAAGAGCUUAUUCAAGAAUGGUACGAUAGUGUGAAGAGUCACUGGCUGCCUCUGAAUGUGGUUUCUCUUUUACACACCUUGAAGUCUUUUGAGCAAGAUAUCAAUAUGACUACAGGUUUGUCCAUGGAAGUGAUAUGGCACGGCUCCAGAGGUAACUAUCCUGGAUCGGCUAGUUCUUGGGAGAAAGCUAUGCGUAUAGUGGAAAUCUCCAACAACUUUGACCUGGUUACUCGAAGCCUUCCUUUCAGUAGCCAAAUGCAAGAACUUUCCCGUCUGCUCCAGGAAGUGUUCCGAGACGUGAGCGCCAAUGAAGUGCCUGACAGUGAGUUCAACGACUUGUGCACUUUGCUUCUUGAUGGAAUUACAAGGCUCAGUUCUGUGAGUAAUUACGCACUUCAGGCCCAAGAUUUUGGAACAGAAUACAGGUUCUUGUUCAACUUUAUCAUGGCAGAUAACUCCUCCAAGUUGUCGCUGCAUGACAGAAUAGCUACCAAGGCUAGAGCUCCCACCAUAAAGCUCAUUGCGUCGAGUCGUGACGGCAAGAUGCCAUACCCUUCGGUCUUUGAUACUCUUUGGAAUAUCGAUACUUCUGAAUCUUUUGUUGAUGGUAUGUUCACCGACAAGUACCUUCAAGCUUUGUUCUCCAAGGUUGACAACUUUACUUCGUGCUCAGGUGAACUUUUGGACGGAACUUACAGUGAAAUGAUUGAGAUGAGACAGCUUUCUAUCGAAAAUUCUGAGAGCAUUCUUCGUGACAAAAUCCAAGUUUUCCUGGCGUUAUUGGUCCAAUGGUACAUGCACAUUAUAGAUCUUCACAAGGACGUCAUAUCAGAGAGCUCAGCAGCCUUGUUGUCCACCAUAACUGUUGAAGCAGCCGAGAACUUUAGUCUUGAAAAUCUCGAUUUACCUGUUAAAGAGAUGUUUUUCAUUGACGUUGUGGAUCGCUACUUUGGUCCAGCAGUCAGAACAGCGUUGAAAGCAAAAGACUUGUCUUCUUUGGGUAAAGCAUGGGUGCUUUUCUCGUGCGGGUGUAUUCAACUUUAUGUCCCCAAUACGCCGUUUGAUCCUGCUCAGAAAGAACACAUUGCGUACAACUUUAUGGCGCAUCAAAAAGCUGUUGCUGAAGAAGUUCGGAGCCUGUGGAAGACUUUGCGUACAACAUCCUAUGGAGAUGAACCGAUCAUUGGUGAAGAAUUAAUUCCUAACUUAAACAGUGAGCUCGUGAUGCCACAGGUCUUCCGAUUCGAAUCAUCUUCAGAUCAACUUUUUGAAGAAUGGGACUCGUUUAUGAAAUCAAACAUCGACUCGGAAACGGUGAAAGGCUUGUUGAACUCUGCGGAAUCAUUUUCUGAAAAGUUUUUGGAUAUGUCCAGAUUGUUCCAGAAUAACUCUGCUCGAUUCUUGGUUCGUUUGCGGGACUCUUUUACAGUGUUUUCUGACUUGAACGAUUUGCUCCGUGGUUACGUUUGCGGCUUAAAACUAGGAUUUGAUCUUCUCAGCAUAGAAACAGAAAACAAGUCUAGUCCAGUACCUUCAAUUUCUUGGACUACCAAUAUUAAUGAUUUGAUCUCGUCAGACAGAUUAUCGACAUCGUUUGAGUCUUUACGGCCAUUCUUGAAGAAGCAAAAGCCAGACUCUUCGCUUCCUGAGAAAACCAUGAAGUUUUUCAUCAAACUUUGUUACACACAAAGAAACUGUGGAAAGUUUGACAGUGUUGAAUCGGUACUCCAGAAUGCAUUCCAGUUCUUGUACUACAGAUGGACUUUGCGUCGUUUGAAAGCGGAAGAAGAAGAGAUCCAGAAUAAUAGUCUUUUCAAGUACUCUGAUGAGUCUGCAGAUAUUGGAGAUGACUUUAGAAAUCUUUUCCCCGACCAUGAAGACGUGGUUGAUGCUGAUCAAGAAGUCAGCAAACGGAAUGAUUCUUUUGACGAAAUCUAUUAUCAAAUCAGUAAAGACUACAUGGAUGCUUUUUCUGCUUCAAGAGAUUUCAACCUCGAAGAAAUAGUAGAGGAAGGUUCAUCACUCAGCGCUUUCAUCUCAAAGCAUGCAACUGUUGCUAGCGGAAAUGCCGAAGUUGGUAACUUUACUGCAUUGAUUCUGCAAUUAUCAACCUCGAUUUCAGCUGCUCAAAAGCGAGAUGAGAAGCUUGACUUUUAUCACGGUUACUCCACUUUUGAGUUUAAGAGAGCCCUUGCAAUCGUGAAUGUGACCAAGAAAGAAACCAUGAGAUUGCUUGCUGAAUGGCCCGAGCAUCUGACUCUUCAGUGUAUUGCCAGAUGCUGCUCAGAAUUUGCCAAUUUUCCAAUCAAAUACUCUGUUUCCAAAUUGUUACAAAAGGUGGAACAGAUCUAUACGUACUUGGUUGAAUGGGAGAAGUAUGCCCAUUCGGGUGUCUCGUUGGCAACCCAAGUCAAUUCUAUCGUUGAGUUGAUCAUCUCAUGGAGAAAGCUUGAGCUUCAAACAUGGAGUUCACUCUUUGACCACGAAAAUUAUACGUUGGAAACGUCAAUGGGAAAAUGGUGGUUCUAUCUCUUUGAGGUACUCUUACUCCCAACUUUUGGAACUGAGGAAGUUGACCAUGAUUCUUGCUCCAAGAUUGUUUCUGCACUCAACACAUUCUUGGGUCAAACAAGCUAUGGUGAGUUUGGAAUAAGACUCAACCUUAUCCGUUCAUUUGAAAAGCAUAUCUUGACCAUUGACCAAAUCAGUCCUAUAGCGUCCGCUUUGGCAAACGUUAUCAGUUUCUACGAGCAAUUCGUACCUGUGGUGGAUAAGGCAAUCAAGGAGAAGAAAAAGGCUCUUGAAAAGGACAUUUCCGAAGUCAUUUUGCUUGCUAGAUGGAAAGAUGUCAACCCUGAUGCUCUCAAACAGAGUGCUCGCAGAUCCCACAACAGUCUCUACAAAAUUGUUAGAAAGUACCGUGCGGUAUUGGCUUCUCAAAUUUCCACCUUGGUCGAGCUGGGUCUUCCAGUGGAUCAAAGUCUUACUGUUGGAGAAAAAGUUACAAACUACAAAAAGAUAUCUGAUGUCUUUUAUGAUUCUAUUCUUACCAAUAUCUCAACCUGGAAUGAUAGACCAACACGGUUCCGGAAACUUGACCGUGUUGUGGAAAAUAUGGGCAAGUACAUCCUGAUGCUCGAGUCACAAACUUAUCCAAACUUGACAGAAUACACUACAUCGCUUCUUGGUGAAAUGGAAAAGCUUCGAAAUGAGACUCCGAAGAAAUUGACGAAAGAGAACAAGAAAACCAUUGCCGCUUUGAAGGCACAGAAAAGUAAAUUGAUGAGUGAUACAAUCAAGGAUAUUAAGAGUAUGGGCAUAAAGGUUGCGCUUCAGACGAAAGUCAUUGCUGCGCAGUCCACUUCAAGCUUGGUUUUAGCAACUGCUAACACUUUCAAGAACACCAAAUUUGAAGGCUCUGAUGUCUAUUUCUUCCGUAUUUUGGAUUUACUUCCUCGUUUGCGAGUUUCGGUUUCUGAGUGCAACGAAGAAAUACCACAACCAUUUGUCGAAAAGUGCAUGGCAGCGAUUGAAAACUUGGUUUUCACCACAACGGCAACUAGAGUGCCACUCGGCAGAUUCUCAAGAGCAUUCGAGCUGUUUAUGGACCACAAGGAAAGUUUCGAAAGUCUUUCAGAAACGUAUGACGGAAAAGUCAGUAUUGUCAAAGCUACACACAGAAACUCUUUGAUGCUGAAUUUGGAGAGCAUAAAGUUCAAUCUUUACUGGGUCGACAAGUUCAUCAGCUUUGUGAGCUCCUUGCAAUUAGAGCUGACUCCAGAGAUGGACAAACUCUUGCAAAAGCUUGGCAAGAUACAAAUGGAAGCACUGGAUUUAAAGCGUCGUAUUCCUCACGAAUCUACGAUUUUGACUGAAACUUCAAUUCUGUGGAACGAUGCCUACAUUUCAUUCCAUGAAGGAGCAGUUGAAGAAUUAACUUCGUUGGAAAAAGAUGUUCCAUGUCUUUCUUUUGUUGCUAAGACCCUUCAAAUACUUUUGGCAGACUCUACUCAUACAUCGUUUAUCCAGUCUUCUACCUCACUUGAAAGUAUCUCCUCUUUGGAAGAGAUAGAAAAGGUGUUGCGGAGCCUUUCAAAUGCCAUUUUGAUUGCACUUCAGAACGUGAAAGAGAAUAACGAUUCUUUCGACACGGAAAAAGAAGAAUGGUUCCAAGAGUCGCAAACAAAUCUCUUUGAGAGUAUCAAACGUCUCAAUGCAGCGCUGAUUUCCAAAUACAUGAAGCGUUCUUUGGACUUGAUUUCAAGACACGAAUAUAAUGCUUCUACUUCGGCAAUUGUUCAAGCAUUGGUGAAGUUCACCUUGCCUUUGGUGGACCAAUAUGGAAGUCUUUUGCAGUCUUUCUUAUCUAAAUCAAAGUCGAAUUACUUUGAGAAUAGCAAGAGCACAUAUAUUCUCGCAACAUGUCUUCACCACAUUGCAGUGAACGGUUUCUGUUCACCUCAAGCCGACCAAGAACAGAAGCAAGAUGACAACUUGCAAGAUGGUACAGGGCUUGGCGAUGGUUCUGGUGCCGCCGAGAGCACCAAAGAUAUCGACGAAGAAGAUCUUGCGGAAGCAGCUCAGGAAGAAAACAAGGAAAAAGACAAUAAAGAGGACGAAAUGGACGAAGAAAAAGACAAUGCUCAUGAUAUUGAAGGUGACAUGGCUGGAGAACUUGAGGAGGCGGAGAAUGAUGAAAAUGAUGAACAAGACCAGGAUGAAGACGAAAAGUUGGACGAAGAGAUUGAUGAUUUGGACGAUUCAGAUCCUAAUGCAGUUGAUGAGAAGAUGUGGGACGAACAAGUUGAGGACGAUAAGAUGAAGGAGAAAGAGUCUGACGAAGUUCCACAGAAUCAGGAUGACAAUCUUGAGGGUAAUGACGAAGACUCGAAAGAUAAGGAUGAGAAGUCAAAGGACGAAGCACAAGCUGACGAAAUGGAGGAUGAGCCUGAUGCAGACAACAAAGGUGAAGAGAAUUCAGACGAAGGAGAAGAAGAGAACGAAGAAGAGCAGUUGGGAGAGCAAGAAGAUGAAGUCAAAAAUGACGACGAUGGUGAAGCGCUCGAUGACCAUGUUCCUGAAUCUGAGGUCUUGGAUCUUCCUGAAGAUAUCAAUCUUGAUAGCGAAGGUGAGCAAGAGGAAGCCGAAGAAGCACAGCAGGACGACGACAUGGAUAUGGAAGACGACCAAAUGCCUGACAAUGUUGACUCUGCUGAGGAGGAAGGUAUGGAAGAAGAAGGCAAAGAAGAAGAUGACCAACAAGAAGGGGAAAAUGAAGAAACUGGAGAGGUUGAAGAAAAUGCUGAGAAUGACGAAGAUAAUGAAGACGCUACGAAUGAAGAAGAUGCGAACGAAGAUAUGAACUCGGAUGGUGAAGAACUCAAGAACGAGAACGCUGAAGAGGAUCUGAAAGCUGACAAUGCUUCCAAACUUGAAGCUGAAGGUAAUGAUGGUGCUGAUCAAGAUAAUGAUACCGAGGAGAUAAAUUCUGAUGUUAAGCAGGAAAGCGGAAAUCGUGGUCAAGGGGAUGAUAAUGAAGACACUCAAGAAAAUGAAGAUGUUGGAGCAGCAGGCGGUGCUUCACUCCAGAUGGACCAGAAGGACGAUUCGAGCAAUUCUAACGACGAUGUGAAGGAUGAAAUUUCAGAGUCUUUGAAGCAGCUUGGAGAUUCGUUGAAAGAGUUCCACCGUCGUAGGCAAGAAAUAAAAGAGGCCAGUGAGCGUGAUGAGCAACUGAAGGAGACCGCCAACGAAAACCCCGACGACUUUGAGCAUGUUGAUGGUGACAAUGCCGAUACUGAUACUCAGGCGAUGGGCUCUGCGGACAAAGACCAAGUGCAAAAGAUAGACGAAGAUAAGGCAAUGGAUCAAGAAGAAGAAAAUGAAGAAGUUAAAGUCAAAGAAGAAUUGUCAACUAAGGACGAAGGUGCAGAACUCGAGAAUCCCGAAGUCAAAGAGGACGUUGAGAUGGAGGAAGAUUCUAAGAAAGAAGAUUCCAUCGAUGGACGGAUCCAUCUGACUUUCAAGAACGAGCAAAUCUUUGAAACUGACCAAAACCAAGUCAAGGUUGAAGAUAUGGACGAGGAUGAAGAAGAUGUCGAGGAAGAGGUGAACAUGGAAAUCCAAAAACCUUCUAGUGAACAAUCUGCCGUUAUUGAGUAUGAAACUGCACUGAAAUUGUGGUCUUCAAGUGAACAAGCAACGCAAGAGUUGGCUUCUGGACUUUGUGAGCAGUUGAGGUUGAUUUUGGAACCAACUAUGUCAACCAAGCUCAAAGGUGACUACAAAACAGGAAAGAGGUUGAACAUGAAGAGAAUUAUUCCAUAUAUUGCUUCUGAUUUCCGCAAAGACAAGAUUUGGUUGAGAAGAACAAAACCAUCAAAAAGACAAUAUCAAAUAAUGAUAGCGGUUGACGACUCCAAAUCUAUGACAGAGAGCAACUCCCACGAGCUUGCAUUCCACAGUAUUGCCCUUGUGUCUAAAGCUUUGACCCAGCUUGAGAGUGGAGAAAUCUCGAUCGUCAGAUUCGGUGAGGAUGUCAAAGUUGUUCAUCCAUUCGAAAAGCCUUUCAACUUUAAAGAUAGUGGACCUCAAGUAUUCCAAUGGUUUGACUUUCAGCAAACGAAGACUGACGUCAAGAAGCUCUGCUCAACAUCUUUGGACUUAUUUGAGAAAGCUCGUGCUUCUACAAGCACCGAUAUCUGGCAGUUGCAAAUCAUCAUAUCUGAUGGUGUAUGUGAGGACCAUGAAAGUCUCUUGAGACUUGUGCGUGAAGCCCGUGAUAAGAAGGUGAUGCUUGUGUUUGUCAUUCUUGAUGGCAUAAACCAAAAGGAGUCGAUUCUCGAUAUGAGUCAAGUGAACUACGUUCCAGAUUCUCAUGGAGGUACAUCGUUGAAAGUCACAAAGUAUUUGGAUUCGUUCCCCUUUGAGUUCUAUGUGGUGGUGAAAAACAUCAAUGAACUUCCACAAAUGCUUUCAUUGAUCUUGAGACAAUACUUUUCGGAGAUAUCUAGUAUUUAA